GAGUAGUGUCGAUUUCGGAGGAGCAAGUACCAACAUGCCCACACUACGGGACUUACAAGUAGAUUGUAACAAUAUAUAAAAGUCGGAAAAAGAUUUGUUACCGCGUAAGUCUUUGCCGGCAACGUAGCAAUGAUGCGUUAUAAACAGGAAUCUGUCCUUUAAUGGAAUUAUCUCCAGAUGUGACAUUUAAAAUGAGCAAAACGGCAUAAAUGAAGCGGUCUUAUGCGCGUUUACGAAAAAUCUUCGUCAACGCUUCGCGACGACGGCAGUGGACACGUCGCCUAAGGGAUUGUGUUCGAAUUAGCCGGUUAUUUCUGUGUACCGCGUUACACAUCAACGCUUAUUCAGAAUGAGCCUGUGUAAAGUCAUGAAGGAUGGCCAUUUGGAGAAGAGGAGUAAUGGACUUCUACAGCUGUGGAAGAAGAAGCGUUGCGUUCUCACGGAGGACGGACUCCAUCUGUACGACUGUAAAGGCGAUAACAGUAAAGAGAUGCGCUUUGAGCAGAUGAGCACGCUGGACUGCGUGGAGUAUAAGCGGGGUCUGGUGUACUUCACUAUCGUGAUGAACGGCGGUAAAGAGAUUGACUUCAGGUGCCAGCAGGAGGGAACGGCGUGGAACGCGGAGAUUGCGCUUGCGCUGGUGCGAUUCAAAAACCGCGUGGCCGUUCAGACCGGCAGGAAAAGACACAUGUCACAUUUGGGCAGCUGCGGGGAGGGAGAUGUCGAGCUUUGACUCAACGGCUGAGGCAAAGACACAGAACUGGAUCCAAAAGUGAGAGUGAGGUUGUGGACAAGAAAGGCUUUUGGAAGACCAAAGUUAAGGAAACACAUGAUGAAAAGUACUUUAAACCACAGAGAAGUUUCAUGACUCUUUUGCACUUACACUGUUUUUCAAUUAUAUAUACAGUAAACACCUCUUGGCAAAAGACUCAUUGGAUGAAUUUACACCUGUUGGUGUUAUGGCACGGAUCAUUUUUGUAAUCAUUGGAGUUAUUUUGAUUGCAUGUUUGUUGCAUAAGCCAAUGCAGACCCCAUGGAUUACUCUUCACCAUAAUUCAGCAUGCAUGCUAAUUUCACUCUUUACAACGGCAGACUGUCAUAAGUGGAUUUUAGUGUUGAUUCUACAUUUUUAAGAGACAUGUUUUAUUUACCUCAUUCUCAAUGGAGGACAGCGUUUUGUACUCACACUCAGUAUUAAGCAUGAUGCUAAGAGACAUUAGCCAUAAAUGAAGUAUGACUCACAGCACCUCUGCUGCACUGUUUAACAUUUCAUAAGUGUUUGAAAGCAGAUUCUGGAUUUAUUCAGUUGUAAAGGCUUUUCAAAUGCAGAACAAGCACACCAGGAAGACUGAACUAAUGUUUCUUGGAAUGUAUCCCGACUGGAUUAAAAACUAGGUGGGUGGAUGGGCAAUGCUGUUAUUUUUUAUUUUCAAUUUUGUAGCCUACAUAACCUAAAUGGUUGCCAAAGGUACAAAAUAAUCUUCUGUGUGAUAGUUAAAAAAGAAACGUUUUUGAAUUCUGCACAGAGCUCAUUUUGUCAUAAGGUUCAGAACACAUUUGUCCGAAUAAAAAUACUUUGUGGCUUUGUAAGACAUAUUAGUGUGAAUUUCUUAACUAGAUUGUAGUGGCCUAACACCGUGUCCUAACUACACGCGACGCGAUAAAAUUCCAGCGACAGCAAGUGUGUCUGUCCACACUAGAAGCGACACGACUGUGAGACGCCACACGUCAAUCAAAAAUCACAGCCAUUCAGAACAGCGUGUGGGCGGAGUCUCUCUGUGAAAGCGCACUGCUGGCCCGCACUCGCAUUGGAAAUGGUGUGCACAGCUCGGACUACUGUCAUUGACAUUGCGACUCCCCACCCUGCCUGUAUUUCAGUAGAUUGUCUGGAAUGACACCCCUGGAUACAGGGACACAAAUCGUCAUGCCUAUUCACUCUACUUUACAUUGAAAAUAAAGCGGAAUUUGUUUUACACAGGUUGAUGCAUCAUUAGUAGCCUACUAUAGCUAAAUGCUACAUUCAUUCAUUCAUUCGCUGUAGAUGAAAGUCUAAACUUAACUUACCAUGUGUAUUCAAUGCUUCAGCUAUACUUCUCCAGACGGAAUCCUUUUUCCUGAUGUCUUUGUGGAAUUUGUGGGAUUUAUCGUAGAGAAUUGAAUGCCUUUGAACUUCGACAAUCAGUUCCUCGUCGUCCAUGUUUGAUGAUUAAAUAUUCAUGACACGCAGAACUUCCAUCCAAUGAGAUCUCUGUGUGGGCGGAUCUGUCAGCCGCGACGUCGCAGAAAUAGGAACCGUUUCUAAAUUAGAAACUUCGCGUGUCACCGUUGCGUCUGGUUAGGACAAAAACUCUGAUUAACAUGGAAAAGAUACCUUUUAUCGUGUGUCGCGGCAUCGCGUCGCGUGUAGUUAGGACACGGUGUAACGCUACAGCAGAAUAUUUGACAUUAAUUAGUAGCCCUGGAUUAUAGUAGCUGUCGUAGUUUUGUAUGUUAAGUGCAGCAAUUUCCCUGCUUACCCGACUCUCAACUUCAAGUGCCUCUGCGGCACAUGCCCAGACAAUGGCAUCAAUGACUAUGUCCUGCCUUUCCUGCUUUCCAAAUUUGUCAGUUUGAAGCCAUAAAAGAAGUUGUUAAACAGGGAUUUUUUUCUUCAGGUUGAAUAUGUUUUGCCAUUAUAAAGUAUGAAAGGUAAGUUCGUAGAACUCCUGAAUUAAAAAAUAAAUAAAUAACUGUGGUAUGUGAAUUAGGUGAAGAGCUGAAGUG